AUGGUCCGGCUCUAUGGCCAUCGCACUGCGCAAGAACCUCCUGAAAUGCAGCGCCGCUUCGACUAUGACCCUGUGCUGUUUCGAAUCGGCCUGGCCAUGGAUGGUAAGCCUGCGCAGCGUGCUUCGCAGCUGCCCGGGACGCAGGAGCGCCCCUCGCAGGCCCAGGUGCAGGACUGCCUCCAAGCCUUGGACCAAUGGAAGUCGGCGCUUCAAGAAAUGCUCACUCAGUUGCCAGUUGCGCUGGGCCCUGAUGAGGAGGCCGCGCGCAACACAGCCCUUUUGCGCAUUCGUGAAUGCGUAGCCUGGCGGUGGAAGUCCCUCAUGGAGGGGCUCCCGCGCAUGAGCAAGCAGGUGUUCAGGGAACAGGCGGAGGAGAUUCAGGAGCAUCUCAACGGCCUGAAGGAGAUUCAUGGCCACGACAUGCCCUUCGCCCCGGUCCCUUCUACCAUUCUUGCGCAGCUUGAAAACGCUGCAGCCGACGACGCCUCUGGCAGCGCUGCUUCUGAGCGCGAUAGCUCAAGCCGCACAAGCAGCACGCAAAGUGAAACGAUGGGAGCUGCCAAGUUUAAGUUUCUGUCGAAGGACUCCACAGUGUGGACAGUCAUGCAGGUGGGAGAGUCUGAGCAGUGCGAUGGCUACUGCCAUUUCCUGGCAGCCAACGAAUGGUAUCAGUUGAAGACGCCUUUCAGCCAAUGGUUCACGAAGAACUGGUGCACGGUGGCGUCUGAAAUCGGCGCUGAAUGGAAGAUCGCUGGAGUAGUCCGGAAGUCUGGCUACAAAGGGGCUUUCAAAGCCAAGACUGGCCCAUUGGAUGGGGCAACAGUGCUUGGCAUAUGCCAAGUGCUUGCCAGUGUGCUUCCGGCGGCGUCUAUGCAGAUGGCGGCUGUCAAGUCCUGCCUCAACACCUUGUCCUUCUUGGAGAGUUUCGUCAGCAUAUCCACAAGUCUUCCCACCAGGGGCAGCGCUGCGCUGGACGUCAGUAACAACAUGAUUCCCACGACCCAGCUCAAGGCUCUUCUGAAAGAUGAAGGGAUGGCGUGGCCAAGGUUCGCCAAGAAGCUUCCGGUGCCCGAGGCUGCGGAGCUCUCUGUGGCUACCUGUUUGGUGGCUUUUUUCCGAGCGCGAGGUGAUGGUCAGAGUCACGCGAAUGUGGCAGUGUCCCGCCUGGUGAGACACCUUGUCCAUGUCUUUUGCCAGCACGUUGAGACCCAGAUUGCACGGCGCUUGCUGUCCCACUGUCCGGAUCCUUCCCACGAAGCCCGGCUUCAUCCGUUUCUGGGCCACGCCCGGCGGAGAGGAAGCAAGGCUCUGGAACUCUCGCUGAUCCAGCGGUUCACUGCCAAAGGAGGUGGCUUUGUCAGCACAGCCGGCGAGCUUUCGCUUCAACGCCUUGGUGUUGUGAAGCAAGGCUCCUCCUUGGCCCAGCGGACGGGGAGCGAAUAUGUGGCACGGAGUCUCAUACACACGGCUGAGUUUGUUUCAGACUAUGUCUCUCGCGCGAGUCCCGUUGUGCUGUCGCUGGUGCUACGUCUGGACGGGCGCCACUUCGCUGGGCCGACACAAAUGCUGCCACAAGGGCCUGAUGACAACCAGGCAGCUGCUGCCUUGGUGACCUUCACCCAGGGCUUGAAGAACGCAGCAACAACACCCACCGGCUCCAAGCCUGUCGCACAGACAGGGGCGUUUGAUUGGAAGGAGUACCGCCAAGCCACAAAGGCUGUGCUGUCAGCCAUGGCAAACAGCUUGCGGCAGUGCCUUCCAAACGGGUGGUCCCUCAACAAGUGCAAGCCGCAGAACAUCCUCGCGCCCCGUGGUCUGGGCUCUGACCGGUUGCCGCUCCUUCCGGAAGAAGCGUCCAUGAUGAUGAUAGACCUGCCCGAGGGUGCCCAGGUCUUCUUCGUGUACAACUUCAAGACGCUUGAGGCCAGGCCGGACUUCUUCCUUGACUCCAAGAGCAUCCACCGCCUGGUGUUUGCUGGAGAUGAAGACAUGCUGCACAAGAUCUCCCGCAAGGUUGCCUUGGCGGUGAACAGCCACCCAGAUUGCAAGGCGCUGGUCAAGCGGAUGCAACGUGUCUUUCGGUACACCCGAGCUCCCUUUGCCUCGUGUCGCUUUGGCCAGCAAAAUCUGUCAGCGCGCAAGCAGCUCCUCCUGGCUGUGAAACGUGGCGAGGCCAUUGACCUUGUGGACAUGUGGCUGCCCAACGUGGCCCGCGAUGUGGGUAGCAACCCAGUCGACUUCUCGGUUCAGCAGCUGAUUACGUUGCUGGAGGAUCGCGACAUGCAGCGGAAGCCCAAUGCUUCCGUGACGCACGCAGUGGCUCUUGCCACGGGCCAGAGGACGAAGAAGCUGAUAUCGCGGACUAUCACAGCUGCUGUUGGCAAAGCGACCGUUGAGUACUGCGGGAUCUUGCAGGCAGACCCGGACCUCUCGGACAAGCUGGCGUUCCACUCUCACUUGCUUUUGUGCACCUUGUCCUCGCUACACGAACUGGCAUCGUAUCACCAAGCCUGGCCGUGGCGCUGUGCUGCAGCUCUGGAUCCCAGCCAACUCGACUGUCUUUUGAAGAGCAUGCAACUCGAGUGGGACUUUGUGAAGAACGUCCCGGAUGUGGUGUCGCCCACUCAUCAGAUAUGGGCUGUUCUGUCCCACACCCGCUGGCAGUGCUACCGUGAACUGUUCACAACUGCUGAGUUCUUUGGAUUUGACGUGUCAAAAAUGAAGCUGCCUGUGGCAGCUCCGUUCAAGAAUGCGAUCAAGAGCGUGCUUGGCCUCACAGGCGACAAUGCUCGCUGCGACUCUCUCCUUUCGUCCUUGCACUGUGAGCUCAGCUUCAACGACGCGCGUGAUGCGUGCCGGCGUGCCAAGAAGAGCGAGCGCAGCCUCCCGGCCAACCUGCACAGUGUUCACCUGAAGUCCAGCAUUUGCCGCAGCAGCGGCUGUCCCACAUUGGAGCUCCAAGAUCACCAUUGGGAGCAGCGAAUCCCAAAACGGAGCAUUCAGAGCCAAGUGCACCAGGCAUUGAGAGUCAGUGACCGUCAGCUGGGGAUCUGCUGCGAGGGUUUGACCCGGCACAAAUCCAACCGCCUCCUGUCGAAGCCACAUGUGGUAACUGCCCGGCUUGGCUUGAUGCGGGGCCUUGUGCGCGCCUACCACGAUGCCGCGGGCACCGAGGAGGAGAAGAUGGAGGCGGCCAUCGACUGCUUUUCAAACUCCUGGAUGUCCAAGUUGGUCAGUCCCAGAUGCUUCCUCAAGGACAAGAACACCAGCCUUGGGCCACGCAUGGUGCUGCGGGCUGGCCCGUUCACUGUGUUGACACUGGGGCUUGUGCCUGAUGGCGAUGCUUUUUUGCUAACCCAUUAUGAGGUGCAGGAGUUUGUGGUUACCUCUCUUGAUCAGGUCGAGAUCGCCACCUGUGACCCCGUCAUGGUGGGGGACUGGCAAAGCCUUGCCUACCGUCAGCGCUCGGAGUUCCGCAGCCUUGUGCAGCACGUUGCCCACGAAACCAUCACGAGCAUCGGAAAGGGUGUUCUGUCUCAGCUUUGCUCCAAGCUGCAGUUGCCAGGACACAGAUCUCUGACUCACAAACUUCGGUGUGAGCUUUUCCUCAAGGCGCAAGGCGUUUCAGAGGAAAAGAUCACCCAGCUUCUUUCAGAGAUCCCCGAGACACCUCCAAGGCCCCGAAAAAAGCCUGAUCACGAUGGUGAAGAUUUCCACCCCGAGGAAUUGGCGGAGACUCUCAAAAACAUUUGCGUGGCGCCUGCGGCUGACAAUGACGAUGCAGACCAGGAGCAGGCCCAGGAGCAGGCUGGACCGGUAGCAGCCGAGCCCGCGCCAGCUGCGGAGCCAGCUCUGGAUGCAGUGCCCGGCAGCAGCCAGGUUCGAGCGGACGAGGGCGGCGCACACGCAAGUCAUCAGGCUCGCGGACGACCCGAAGGUGAGUUCGCCCCUGGAAUCCGAGCAUAUUAUGGAAAUCCGGCCAACGCAAGCCAGUUCAUCCAAGCUUAUUUGCCCACCGGAUUUGUGUUUCAAGGGCGCAAGUCAAAGACUGCUGCCUAUGCUUCGGAAGGGUGCCCCCGUGGGACACAAAGAACAAAAGCUGCAGCUGUUCUUGCAGUUCAGAGCUGGACCUGGCAGUGGUGGGCCAGCCUGACCCCGCUGCAACAAAGCAGCAUUCAGGAAUCUGAAAAGCCAGAUCUGGAGGAGCGUAGCGCCAAGCGGGCCCGUGUUGACUGA